AUGACGGAUUCCUCGGACGCGUUCGAGCUGGAGCGCGCGCUCUUCAGCGAGAAGGGCGUGUGGUUCUACCAGGUGCCGGCCAACCAGGUGACGAGCCUCGCGCCGCGCGCCGACGCGUGGGACCCGGAGCACCCGUUCCUCACGGGCUCCGUGCGCGUGGUGCAGAGGGGCGACGCGUGCUUCGUGCAGCUCUUCGAGCCCGUGGCGGCCGAGCAGGACGAGGCGGAGACGGCCGCAACCCCCACGCUCUUCGCCCAGUGCCCCCUGCAGAUCACGCGCGAGCUGGCGCUCGACGUGUACGUGCACGACUGCGUGGACUCGUCGCGCUACUUCAUGCUGCGCGUGGAGGACGAGCAGAGCGACCGCCGCGCCUUCGUGGGCAUCGGCUUCCCGGACCGCACGGCUGCCUUCAACUUCAAGGCCACGCUGCAGGACUACGCCAAGUACGCGCUGCGGCAGCUGGAGGUGGAGCAGGUCGAAGCCGCCGAGCAGCAGACCGGAUCGGGCGGCUCGUCGUCGCCCAAGAAGCCCGACUUGAGUCUGCCUCAAGGCACCACCAUCCGGAUAAACCUCAAGACCAACGGAGCUGAGGACGGAGAGCGCGCGGCCACGCGCCCUCGACGGAGCAGCAGUGGAGGGGGUGCAGUGAGUCCGGCCAAGGUGCCGCUCAUCCCGCCGCCGCCCGGAGACUCGCCGUCGACGGCCGUCAAGGUGCCGGCCAUUGCUCCACCGCCGGCGGUGGCGGAACCGACGACUGCUGUUGAUGAUGAAGACUGGGGCGACUUCACGUCCGCUUAA